UGAUUAUCACUGGUGUUUCUUCUUCAUAAUAAACAACUUGACUUCCUUCUCAUAUAGUCAGGACAUUUCUGGAUCUGAUCUAAUAAGGAGGUGCUGUAAAUGAUUUUUAAGAUGUUUUCCACACAUAUUGGCCAUUGGAAUUCAGCGAUACUCUGUAUAAUAUGGAUAACAGUGCCAGGAUACAACUCAUUUGUGGUGAUGACCGGGACCAUUGGAGAAAGCGUGCUUCUACCCUGCAUUGUUAAUUAUAAGGCUACAUUUCAUCUAAAAGAUCUGAUUGUGAACUGGCAGACCGAGAACGAUGCUGUGGUUCACAGUUUUCACUACGAAAAAGACCAACCAAAAUAUCAAGCAGCUGAAUUCAAAGAGCGAACACAAAUGUUUCCAGAGGAAUUCUACAAAGGAAAUUUGUCUCUCUUAUUAAAGAGGUUACGUAAAUCUGAUGCUGGGAAAUAUGUGUGCUAUGUAGAUUUAAACCAUAUACAAACGACAUGGGUUGAACUCAUUAUUCAAGACAAACAAAACAUUAAAAGAAUAUACCUCUGGACAAUGGGAACAGCACUGAUACCACUGAUAAUAUUUAUUUGGAUCCUCAGUAAAAGAAAGAAGCAGAGAAAAAGAAUAUCAGAUGAUAUUGAGUGUUUACUGCCCGCAAGAUCGCUAUUUGAUUUUAUUGAGCAUUACAGACAAAGAAUGAAGGAAUUAUACUUGUCUUCUGAAAUACUAAGCAGUUGUAUACCCAGAACCCUUUUGAUUCCAGAAUGGAGGACACAACACCUAACACCAAAAUGUACAAUAUCAGAUGCUAAGGAAUCAGACACAAUACCCUCUGAACAGUUGUUCACCAAGGACUCCAAGAAACUGACCUCCAGGAGAAUGCUCCUGGCAGGAGAAGCAGGAAUAGGGAAGAGCAGCUUCUCUGAAGGUCUUCAGAAAAAAUGGGCUCUGAGGCACCAGGAUAUUAUUUAUGAGUGUGUGAUCUAUUUCACUUUUGCCGAGCUCAAGGCAAUCACAACACCAAUAAGCUUGCGAGAGCUUCUGUUUCAUAAAUGUAAAGAGUUGAUGCCUGUUCUACCACAACUUUUUGAACCAGGGAGGCUUCUCAUUAUAUUUGAUGGAAUGGAUGAAUUUAAAAUAGAAGAAAUUACAUUUCCUGGGACCAGCAUCAACAUUGACACUCAACUUCCAAUAGAAGAUCUAAUUUUGAGUAUUUUAUCCAAAGUUCUUCUACCUAACACAGAUAUCUUGGUCACUUCCCGUUUAACUAGUGUAAAUUUGUCCAUCAUAAAGGAGUAUUUUGAAAGAACAUUUAUAAUAAAAGAGUUUUCAGAUGAACAAAUCAAAGAAUUUUGCAAGAAAUCUUGUUCAGGGGAUGAGAUCUCCCAAAAUAUUUGCCAGUUUAUAGAAGAACACAACUUGUCCAGUCUAGCUUCCAUCCCUCUUCUUAGCAGUGCAUUGUGUGAACUGUCAAAAAAACAUGGUUUAUCAUAUUAUAAAGAAAAAUUGAGCACUCGCAGCGAGAUGAUGGUGUCACUUCUUAAACUAUGCCUACAAAAUGUCCUGUCAUGUCACUUUGAGGAGCCAUGUUGUGCUCCAGGAGUAAAUGUUCCUGAAAGAUUAAGAGACGUUGUUAAGAAAGUAGCUCACCUGUCCUAUAACAACCUUGUUAAUGGCAAAGAAGAAAUUUGUGUUCAGCAUCUGUGUGUGUCCUGCGUGCAUACCCAACAACUACUGAAGGAAUUAUGUGUGUUUUUUUUCAAGAGGUUACCUAUCGGUACUAUUCUUCAGUACAGACAUGCUAGCAUCAGGGACAUGUUUGCUGCAUUGCACUGUGUUUGGGAAGUCCAUAACGCCGGAGGGGCAAAGGAAUGUGUGGAUUGCUUAGAUUUUUGGGUCUCAGGAACUCUUCCUAGUGAACAAAGUACUAUCUCUGUUUUGCAGAUCAUUCCUUCAAAACACAGUGCCGAAUUCCACAACUUCAUCAGUUUUUUCAUGGGUUUUAUGAAUUACAGAGACAUUGACAGCCUCACUAAGGAAAAAAGAGAAUUAAAUGGCUAUGAAGUACUUAUUUUACAAACUUAUUUUGAAAACUGGCUUAGAAAUGGGCCUACUGGGGCAGAGCUGCUAAAGCUUUUCCAUUGUAUUUCUGAAAUACACAAUGAUGCUGUUACUCAACAUCUUUCCAGCAUGUUUACAAUUGUGGAUUUAUUUGAUACACCACUAAAUGCUCUGGAUAUUAGAGCAAUACAAUACAGUUUGGAGAAGUGCAAGUUAGAGAAACUUAACUUAUCCUUGUGUGACCUGCGAGAUGAAAACCUUCAGCGUUUAGAGGACAUCAUCAGGAAUUCAACUCAGGUCCUAUUAACCUCAAAUAUGCUUACUUCAAAAUCUGGAAAAACUAUAAGGAAUAUUCUCGAGCAUCCAGAAUGUGCCAUAACAGAACUUUUUCUACCAAUAAACCAACUUGAGCCAAAUGGUGUCCAGGAAAUCUGGAUGGCUUUAGAAAAGAACACAUCAGUGGAAAUGUUAAACUUACGUGACAAUAACAUACAAGAUCGUGGAACUAAAAAUAUGAUUUCCAGCUUAGCACAAAACAAGACUCUUAAAAAACUCAUAUUAUGCAUGAAUGUGUUCACUGAACAUGGAAUGAAGAACAUUGCAGAAUUAAUGAACACAAAGAAAAACCUGACAGUUGUCAUGAAAUUUACAGAGGAUGAAGAAUUCUUCUCGUUUGUGCAGGAUAAUUUUGGAAAUCUUCAAUCUUACAAAUGGAGACGAUACCCCAAAGCAUGGGUUCUUCACAUUCUUACUCUCUUACAAAACAACCUGACCGAUGAAAUUUACCAGAGUGAAGAAGUGACUCAAUUAAAGCAAAACAUAAUAACAAUUCUGAAUGUAAUCACCUGUGAAAAUUAUCAGUAACAAGGCUAAGAUUCUUCAUAUCACCCCCCCCCCCCCCAAGAGUGGAGAUUUGCCUCCUCUUCAUAAAUAUUUGUAAGGGCUCAUUUACACUUGCUUCGGCUUCAACACACAUUAACAUCUAGUUUACACUUGCUUCAAAACAAGGCUUCAGAGACAGGCUUUGUAAAAGCUCUCUGAACACUAGUCAAAGCUCCUGAAUAAAAUGGCUAGCUUACAGUCCUGUUUACACCUUGCUUUUGCUUUGCUUCAAAAAUUAUACCCCAUGUAACUCUAGUGGUGCUCA